AUGUCUGGGCACCGGAGGAGCGACGCAGUCUGUCUACGUCAUCCUGGGAAACAUUUUGGGCGGACGGACCGGAAGAAGUGGGACAGACUUUACUUCCGGUUACUGCUUUCAAGCGUUGACGCACGAGAAGGGCGGUCAAGCCACGUGAUGGGGAGUGCUUGGAAGGAAAAAGGGGGAGUGGUAAUGUGGUGGACAUCCUUUGGUCUAAAGAGAGUCCGAUUGUUAUCGCUGUCAAACAUUAGGAAACUGACAAGAGUGUGGAGGGACAACAGCUCAGGAGGAAAAGGUGUGUGACCACCAUCCAAGUUGAACAUUGAGCUCUGUCUGGAAGGAUUAUACAGCAGACAUGGUUGAAACAGACACUUUGCAGAAGGACGGGAAACAUAUUGGUUUAAGUACUAAAAACGUUAAGGAUGACGAAGGUAAAAAGAAGAAGAAAGAAAAAAAGGAAAAGUUACCCAUGGUUGGCCCAUUUGAACUGUUCAGGUUUGCGGAAGGCAUAGAUUUGGUGCUGCUCUUCUUUGGGACCUUAAUGUCGGUGACCCAUGGUGUAGUGUUGCCUAUGAUGUUAAUUGUGUUUGGAGAAAUGACGGACAACCUCGUAAAUGACGCAGCAGUAAAUCUGAUGAACACCAGCCACCCAAAUUUUACAAUGCCAAACAGCACCUUACAGGCGGACAUGACAAACUUUGCCAUCUAUUAUUCCAUCUUGGGUGCCUUGGUGCUGGUGGCUGCUUACAUGCAGGUUGCCUUCUUUACGGUGUCAGCUGGACGGCAAGUCAAACGCAUUCGAAAGCAUUUUUUUCACAGCAUCAUGCGGCAGGACAUCAGCUGGUUUGACGUCAGCGAGACAGGAGAGCUCAACACUCGUCUUACAGACGAUGUCUAUAAGAUCCAAGAGGGGAUCGGAGACAAAGUGGGGAUGCUGCUUCAGUCCUUUGCCACCUUCAUCACAUCUGUCAUCAUCGGUUUAGUGAAAGGAUGGAAACUCACGCUGGUCCUUCUGUCCAUCAGCCCCUUGCUGGGCCUUACGGCUGCACUUUUUAGUACGGUGUUGGUAUCGUUCACGUCUAAAGAACAGGCUGCCUAUGCGAAAGCGGGGUCCGUGGCAGAGGAGGUGCUUUCUUCCAUCAGGACGGUGUUUGCCUUCAGUGGUCAGCAAAAAGAGAUUGCCAGGUAUCAUAAGAACCUAGAGGAUGCUAAGACUGUGGGAAUAAAGAAAGCAAUAAGUUCAAACAUUGCUAUGGGCUUCACCUUCUUAAUGAUCUAUCUGUCCUAUGCUCUUGCCUUCUGGUAUGGAAGCACACUUAUUCUGAGUGGAGAGUACUCAAUUGGGGUUGUACUUACGGUUUUAUUUGCUUUGCUUAUUGGAGUAUUUGCAUUGGGGCAGACCUCCCCUAACAUCCAGUCCAUUGCCAGUGCUCGAGGAGCUGCACACAAAGUGUACAGCAUCAUUGACAAUAAACCAUGCAUCGACAGCUAUUCACACAGCGGCUUCAAGCCUGAUGUCAUCAAUGGAAACAUUGAGUUCAAGAACAUCCACUUUAACUACCCAUCAAGGCCAGAUGUCAAAGUAUUAAACAACUUGUCCUUGAGCGUGAAAAAUGGACGAACCAUGGCUUUAGUAGGAAGUAGUGGCUGUGGAAAAAGUACAACUAUCCAACUAUUGCAGAGGUUUUACGAUCCUAUGGAAGGAUCUAUAUUCAUUGAUGACCAUGACAUCCGUUCUCUCAACGUCCGCUACCUGCGAGAGAAGAUUGGAGUGGUGAGUCAAGAGCCCGUACUUUUUGCCACCACGAUCACAGAGAACAUUCGAUACGGACGAAGUGAUGUGACGCAGCAGGAGAUAGAGCAAGCUGCCAAGGAGGCCAAUGCUUACAACUUCAUAAUGAACCUUCCUGAUAAAUUUGAGACACUGGUUGGGGAUCGAGGGACUCAGAUGAGUGGAGGACAGAAGCAGAGAAUCGCAAUUGCUCGAGCACUUGUCCGUAACCCCAAAAUCCUUCUGCUGGAUGAAGCAACAUCUGCUCUUGAUGCAGAGAGUGAGACUGUCGUACAAUCUGCACUGGACAAGGUCAGACUGGGUCGGACCACCAUAAUUGUGGCCCAUCGUCUCUCAACUAUCAGAAACGCUGAUAUCAUCGCUGGCUUACAAAACGGGGAGGUUGUUGAGUUUGGGACUCAUAGCGAGCUAAUGGAAAAACAGGGUGUCUACCACAAUCUCGUCACCAUGCAGACAUUUGAAGAAGCCAAAGGUGAACAGCAAGAUGAAAAUCAGGAAGAAAAGAGCCCAGAAUCAAAAACGAGUCCCGACUCCCCUCAAUUCAGGAGGAGGUGUACAAAAAGUUCCUUCACUGGUUCAGAGGGAAAGAAAGAAGAGAAAGAAAAACUGGUGGAUGCCAAAGACGAGGAGGAUGAAAAAGUUCCACCCGUGUCGUUCCUCAAAGUGAUGCAUUUUAAUCUUCCCGAGUGGCCUUACAUUUUAGUCGGGACCAUCUGUGCUAUGAUCAACGGAGCGAUGCAGCCUCUGUUUGCAGUCCUCUUCUCCAAGAUCAUCACCGUGUUUGCCGAGCCUGAUGUGGAAGUCGUUCGACAGAGAUCUCUAUUCUUCUCCCUCAUGUUCGCUGCUAUUGGAGGCAUAUCUUUUUUUUCCAUGUUUUUUCAGGGUUUCUGUUUUGGUAAAUCUGGAGAGAUCCUCACGAUGAAACUGAGACUUUCGGCUUUCAAGUCCAUGCUGAGGCAGGACCUUGGAUGGUUUGAUGACCACAAGAACAGUGUUGGAGCGCUCACAACAAGGCUUGCCACAGAUGCUGCUCAAGUACAAGGGGCUACAGGAGCACGUCUGGCUACUGUGGUCCAAAAUAUUGCCAACAUGGGCACCGGUCUGAUUCUGGCCUUUGUAUAUGGCUGGGAGCUGACCCUGCUCAUCCUGUCGGUGGUGCCGGUUAUGGCGGUGGCUGGAGCUGUGCAGAUGCAGCUGCUCUCUGGGCAAGCUGCCGAGGACAAGAAAGAGCUGGAGAAGGCAGGAAAGAUUGCUACAGAAGCCAUCGACAAUAUUCGCACUGUCGCAUCUCUGACCAGAGAACCCGAGUUUGAAUCUCUGUAUCAUGAAAACCUCAGCGUUCCAUUCAAAAACUCCCAGAAAAAGGCCCAUGUGUACGGCUUUACCUUUGCAUUUACCCAGGCCAUGAUCUACUUUGCUUAUGCAGGAUGUUUCCGGUUUGGAGCUUGGCUCAUUGACAAUGACAGAAUGAACGUGGAAGGAGUUUUCUUGGUGAUUUCGGCAGUUCUGUAUGGAGCCAUGGCUCUUGGAGAAGCCAAUUCUUUCGCUCCCAACUAUGCAAAGGCCAAAAUGUCUGCUGCACACAUCAUGAUGCUCCUGAACAGAGAGCCUGCCAUUGAUAAUCUUUCAGAACAGGGAGAGUCGCUGGAUAAAUUUGAUGGUAACGUGCAAUUCGAGGGUGUAAAGUUUAACUACCCUUCACGCCCUGAUGUACCCGUCCUCCGAGGGCUGAAUCUGAAGGUGAGCAAAGGAGAGACACUUGCCCUGGUAGGAAGCAGUGGCUGUGGAAAAAGCACAACCAUCCAACUUCUGGAGAGGUUUUACGACACCAUGAAUGGAUCAGUGAUGCUUGAUUCCAAGAGUGUAAAAGAGCUGAACAUCCACUGGCUGAGGUCUCAGAUAGGUAUUGUGUCCCAGGAGCCUGUGCUGUUUGACUGUAGCUUGGCUGAAAACAUCGCCUAUGGAGACAACAGUCGCACUGUAACUAUGGAGGAGGUUAAGGCAGCUGCUGAGGCAGCCAACAUUCACAGCUUCAUUGAAAACCUGCCAAAGAAGUAUGACACUCAGGCAGGCGAUAAGGGGACCCAGCUGUCAGGGGGUCAGAAACAACGAAUAGCCAUAGCCCGAGCCAUCCUCCGUAACCCCAAACUGUUGCUUCUGGAUGAAGCCACGUCUGCACUCGACACUGAGAGCGAGAAGGUGGUGCAGGAGGCGUUGGACAAAGCAAGGCAGGGCAGGACGUGUAUCGUUGUCGCCCACCGCCUGUCUACCAUCCAAAACGCAGACCGCAUUGCUGUAUUUCAAAGAGGUGUGGUUAUAGAACAAGGGACACAUCAACAACUGUUAUCCAAAAAGGGAGUUUAUCACAUGCUGGUCACAACCCAGAUGGGUCAUGGAAGGGAAUCAGAAGAUUAAUAAAAUGUAUUUCAAUAGGUUUACAAAUAGAAACUUAUUAUUGUUGUAUCAUUGUUUUAAUUAGUAGUAGCACCUGAUUGUUUGAACGUACUACCUCAGCAUUGGAAUUAGUGCUGACUUUGUGUCCACUGGCUAACAUAAGUUGCCUUAAAAGUCAAAUCGCCUUUUUUGUAUACAUACAGUAUAUAUAUAUAUAUAUAUAUGUAUAUACAAUAUUAGGGGUGUAACGGUACGUGUAUUUGUAUUGAACCGUUUCGGUACGGGAGUUUCGGUUCGGUUCGGAGGUGUACCGAACGAGUACACAUGCUAGCAGCGACCGGGCUAGGACAACAUGUAAAAGCCAGAGCUGGAAGACCCUCCUGCCUCGUUAAGAUCUCCGGUUUGGGAACACUUUGGCUGCGCGAUACAACAAUGGAGGACGGAAGUUUGCCGACAUUGUUCAGCAGCUGCUUCUGACAACACGUCAAACAUGUGUUGCACCUUUCCUGCUUCCGGCUCCCAGACCGUAGUCGAGGAGUGCAGGGAAGACACUCCUCCAGGGCCGAUGUAUUCUCGGGGGGAACACCCUUCACUCUACCCGGCAGUGGGUCUCCACAGCUCCGGACUCCAGGGUAAAUGACGAGUCCGGCGAUUAGUUGCAAAUCGUGGCUUUAUUGAGGUCUUGCACACAGCCAAUCCAACAAAACACUAGCCACUCCCCACACUCAGCUACCGCUCCCUCACCUCACAUGCUGUCACAUAUUAAAGGGCCACACACACAUACGCUACUCUCAUAACACAUGCUAACCCAUUUGAAGCGUCACCACCGCAUUCAAGCAGCCUCUCCUCGGCGAGUCAGGCAGGGCUAAAGCAAUAACAAAUGUUUUUAUAGCAGCAGAUAUAAGUCCAUAUUGCAUUAAAGGCCUAUUGAAAUGCGAUUUUCUUAUUUAAACGGGGAUAGCAGGUCCAUUCUAUGUGUCAUACUUGAUCAUUUUGCGAUAUUGCCAUAUUUUUGCUGAAAGGAUGUAGUAGAGAACAAUCGACGAUAAAGUUCGCAACUUUUGGUCGCUGAUAAAAAAGCCUUGCCUGUACCGGAAGUAGCAGACGAGUAGCGUGACGUCACAGGUUGUGGAGCUCCUCACAUCCGCACAUUGUUUACAAUCAUGGCCACCAGCAGCGAGAGCGAUUCGGACCGAGAAAGCGACGAUUUCCCCAUUAAUUUGAGCAAGGAUGAAAGAUUUGUGGAUGAGGAAAGUGAGAGUGAAAGACUAGAGGGCAGUGGGAGUGAUUCAGAUAGGGAAGAUGCUGUGAGAGGCGGGUGGGACCUGAUAUUCAGCUGGGAAUGACUAAAACAGUAAAUAAACACAAGACACUCUAUUAGCCACAACAUAACCAGGCUUAUAUUUAAUAUGCCACAAAUUAAUACCGCAUAACAAACACCUCCCCCCUCCCGUCCAUAUAACCCGCCAAUACAACUCAAACACCUGCACAACACACUCAAUCCCACAUCCCAAAGUACCGUUCACCUCCCCAAAGUUCAUACAGCACAUAUAUUUUCCCGAAGUCCCCAAAGUUACGUACGUGAGACUUUUAUUAGUAGGUUGCACAGUGAAGUACAUAUUCCGUACAAUUGACCACUAAAUGGUAACACCCAAAUAAGUUUUUCAACUUGUUUAAGUCGGGGUCCACUUAAAUUGAUUCAUGAUACAGAUAUACACUAUCAUAUAUACUAUCAUCAUAAUACAGUCAUCACACAAGAUAAUCAUCAGGGUGUAUACAUUGAAUUAUUUACGUGACAUGCACAUAGCGGCACGCAUGUACGGGCAAGCGAUCAAAUGUUUGGAAGCGUACUCACGGCACCGUGUCUGCGUAUCCAACUCAAAGUCCUCCUGGUAAGAGUCUCUGUUGUCCCAGUUCUCCACAGGCCAAUGGUAAAGAUUGACUGUCAUCUUUCGGGAAUGUAAACAAUGAAACACCGGCCGUGUUUGUGUUGCUAAAGUCGGCCGCAAUACACCGCUUCCCUCCUACAACUUUCUUCAUUGCUGUCUCCAUUGUUCAUUGAACAAAUUGCAAAAGAUUCACCAACACAGAUGUCCAGAAUACUGUGGAAUUUUGCGAUGAAACAGACUACUUAAUAGCUGGCCAUCAUGCUGUCUCAAAAUGUCCUCCACAAUCCGUGACGUUUUCAGCAGGAUAUUUCGCGCGAAAUUUUAAAUUGCACUUUAGUAAACUAACCCGGCCGUAUUGGCAUGUGUUGCAAUGUUAAGAUUUCAUCAUUGAUAUAUAAACUAUCA